AUGCACCGCGAAUUCUCGCGCCGCUUCUUGCCCCACCCCCUCCCCGCUGCCCUUUCCCCUCCCUUCGUUUCCCCCCGUCGUCCCCUUUUCCAUUCAUCUUCCACCCUCCCCUUUCUGCCCCAUUCCUCUCGCCCCUCUCCCCGCCCCCCACCCUCUCCCCUACCUCCCCUUCUCCGCUCCCCCCUCUCUCCCCCUCCCUUCCCCCUUCUCCCCUUCGUUUCCCCCCACUCCCCCUGCCCUCCCCCCCAUCCCCCUCUCCGCGCGCAGUACAUGAUGGUGGCGCGGCACCUCUCCAGCAUCGAGCAGAUCGUAGUGGCGCUCACAGAGAGCAUAACGGAGCAGGCGGGCAACGAGGCGCAUGACAUGCGCGUGCUGGUGGGCGCUCUGGAGAACCACACUCUCUCCGUCGCCACCGCCCUCACCGACCACGUCGCCCUGCAGACCAGUCAGCUGCGCCAGCUGGCAACGGAGAUCCGCAAUCACAGCGCCACGGUGCAGACCCACGUGGCAACAGCCGUGGACGCCAUUGGCGGAGGCGGGGAGGGCGGGAGGGGCGGCGGAGAUGUGACAAAGGAGAAGCUGGCCGUGCUCAUCUCCGCCUCCGCUCGCUCCCAGCGCAAGACAGAGGCGUUUCUCUCCAGCCUGCUCACCUCAGUCAAGGCGCUCUCUAAGCAGAUGGAGGUGGGUGCUGCGCGGUGCGUGCGGUCACAUGCAAUGCAAGUGGAGCAGGGAGGGGCAGGAGGAGCAGGAGGGGCAGCGGGCAGCGGAGCGAGCUUGAUGGGGGUGAGGGAGGCGGCCGCGGCUUCCAGGAAGCAGCUGCUGGCCCUCAAGACGCUGCAGGAGUCAAUGGAGGACCUCAAGUCAAGGCAGUCAACGACGGACUACUCCCCUCAGGUACUCCCCUCAGGUACUCCCACAGGUGCUUCCUCAGGUUCUUCCUCAGGUGCUUCCUCAGGUGCUCCCCUCAGGUGCUUCCCUCAGGUGCUUCCCUCAGGUGCUUCCCUCAGGUGCUUCCCUCAGGUGCUUCCCUCAGGUGCUUCCCUCACGUGCUUUCCUCAGGGCAGGGUUGUUGAGGUGUGGCUGCUGGGCGCAGUGGUCCCGUCAAGGCGGGCCAGGGGAAGGACACGCAUGCUGGCAGUGCUCAAGGCGCUGGUGGCACACAUCAAGGCUGCCACGACCAACGCAAGCCCGAGUCUGCAACUGCCCAGGGCGGCUGGACUGGGGCGCACACCUCAUCUGCAUUCUGGCGGUGCUCAAGGCGUUGGUGGCAUGGCGCACAUAAAGGCCGCCAGGGCCAACGGUGGGCCGGGAGGCAUGUCACAUCUCAUCCGCAUUCUCGGGGUGCUCAAGGCGCUGGUGGCGCAUAUCAAGGCUGCCACGGCUAAUGGCGGGCUGGGCCUGGGGCUGGGCGAGCAGCUACCACAGCUGCCGUCGCUCGACAUGGAUGUGAGUCACCUAGAGGCGAUGCCACUGCAGCCACAGGCACAGGUGUCAGCGCAGCAGGCGCAGCAGAUGGAGCGGCUGCUGCAGCAGGUUCUGGCGGAGGUGCGCAACGGAACGCACCUCACGCUGCUCCUCCGCGCCGUCUCCACACAAACCACCAUCCUCUCGCGCCUCGCCAAGCGCUUCUCCUCGCUGCAAUCAGCCGCCUUCUCCGCCAACACUGCCGCCGCCACACCCCCGCCUGCUGGCCCUGACGCUGCUGCGGGCGGUGGCGGGGCGGCGGUGAAGUCCCUGCAGGGGCUGGUGGCGAUGGUGCUGCAGAACUCCCAGAAGCACAUGUCAGCGCUGCGGGAUGUGAAGCGCAUGCUGACGGGGGAGGAGGCGGACGGCAAGGGGGGGUACUCGGUGCCGGUGAGGACACUGGCCGUGGUGCAGGAGAGCGCGCGCGCGCUGCAGCAGAUGCCCGCGCUGCUCAUGCAGCUGGACCGCCGGCUGCAGGGCGUGGGUGGCGGGGCGGGUGGAGGUGUGGCUGGGGGAGGAGGGGGAGGAGGAGGAGCGAGGGCGGAAGGGGUCGUGGUAGGGGGAGGGGGAGCAGGCACAGGCAUGCGGCAGCAGCAGCAGGGGCAGGUGGUAUCGGCGAUGGAACCCCCAAAGCUGAGUGGCAGGGCAGCACGGCACGAGCGGCUGAAGCAGCUGAUGGCGAAGGAGGCUGCCGCCCGCGCCGCCAAGCAGAAGGAGGAAGAGGCUGCAGCAGCAGGGAAGGCGGCGGCGGCGGCGGCGGCAGGGGACACGCAAGGAGAGGGAGCAGGCGGGCAGAAGGAGGAGGGGGGCCAAGAGCAGCGCACGGUGGAAGGGGCAGGGCAGCAGCAGCAGGAGCAGCAGCAGGGAGGAGUGGCGGCAGGUAUGGGCGCGGCAGGAGGGGCAGGCGCUGGGGGGGGUGGCGGAGAUGACAGGGGUGGGGGCGAGCAGGGGCGAGUGGUUCUGCCGCUACCGCUGAUGGUUUGGAGAGAGGGCAGGGCGGGGGAGUGGGGCGAGCGGCAGGUGGGGAUGCUGAAGGGGCGGAGCAAGAGGGAGGAGAGGCGAGGCGGGUCAGCGGAGGAGAGGGGGGUGAUGGGGAAGGUGGCGUGGAUGGCGAGGGGGGGAGAGCUCAGGGGGCGGCUGGGGAAGGAGAUGGAGGAGGGGAGGGGGGAGGGGCUGGAGCAGGUGGAGGGGGGGGGAAAGCAGCGUCUGGAGGUGAGGAAGGAGAGGGUGGAGGGGAAUCAGAGGGGGGAGGGGAAGGAGGGGGAGCAGGGGGAGAAGGGGGCGCAGGGGGGGGGAGGGGGCGCAGGGGGGGUGGUGCCGAUAGAGUGGGCGAAGCCGGAGGAGAUGGACAGCGAGCGGGCGGACCUGGUGUCGAUGCUCAAGGCGCGCAGGGACGAGGCGGGCGAGCGCGGCAGCGAGGACAGCGGCGUUAAGAGUGGUGGUGGCGGUGAGGCGGUGAAGCACCGGCGGAAGAGGAAGAAGCACAAGGGUGGGGAGGGGCGUGGUGCGGUGGGAGGCGGUGGGAAGGGAGAGGGGGAGAUGAGUGAGGAGGAGAGGGCGAUGGCUGAGGCGAGGAUGGCUGUGAGUAGAGAGAGAGGUGAGGAUGAGGAGGAGGAAGAGGAGGAGGAGGGGGAGGGGGAAGGGGAGGAGGGAGAGGAGGAGGGGGAAGAGGGAGAGGAGGAGGGAGGGGAGGACGAGGAGAAGGGUGGGGGGAAGGGAAAAGGUGAGGGUGGGGUGAAGAGUGGGGUUGGACGCAAGAGGAGGGUGGCUGGAGGUGAACGUGGGGAGGCGGGGAGUGGAGAGCUGAAGGAGAGGGGGGGGAGGAGAGGAGGGGAGGGAGAGAGCAAGAGGAGGCUGGGAGAGGAGGGGAGGGGGGCACAGGGGGGAGGGGCACGAGGAGGAGGGGGAAAUGGCGGAGGAGGGGUAGGGGAAGGAGGAGGAGGGGAAGGCUCAGUGGCAAGGCAGGGCAGGAGGAAGCGCAUUCCGAUGGAGCAGGCGGAGGAGCAGCAGAGCAUGGGGGCGGGGGCACGCACGGGGCUGCGGCUGAAGAGCAUGGGGAUCGAGGAGCUGCUGAGCCUGGAGGACGAGGAGGACGACGAGGAGGAGGGCGCAGGGGGAGGGGGCGGAGGGGGAGCGGGAGGGGGUACAAUGGGACGAAUGGGCGGGGAAGGGGGUGUAGAGGUGGCUGGGGAGGGGGGUAGGAGCAGUGGUUGGGGGGAAGGGCGAGAAGGCCAGCAGGGGCAGGGGAUAAAGUUGGGAGUAGGGGGGCGCGGAGGGGGAGUGGGGGCAGCAGCUAGGGUGGGCAAGGCGGUGUUGGAUGACGUGGAGGGCGAGGAGGCGUGGACGGAGCCACUGCCCACACAGGGGUACAUUCCCCAAGGGCCCUUCGCCAACGCGUCGGAGUGGAGGCAGCGUGUGUUGGCAGGCAACUCGGUCUUCACCCGCUUCAGUGGUUACCGCGUUGGCCCGCGCAGGCUGGUGGGCGUGGGGGUGGUCCCGCGGGCCAUGAAAGGCCGUCUCUUCGCCACGCACUGCAGGUGGUUCGGACCUGCACAGUUGGCGCUGGACUGCACGGUAAACGUGUCCUAUUCGCUGGGGCAGCAGGGGUCCGCCUCGCAGCACACGGAGGCCGUUAUCGAGGCCGCCUUUAGCGAGGACGUGCCCAACACAGGGGGCUUCCUGGCUGUGCGCAUUGAAGGGACUGACUUUGUGCUCUACAGGGAAGCUCCUCUCACCUUCCCAACCACGACCCCAGGUCUCCCCUUCCCGUUCCACUCGGUGUUCUGCCUGCUGCCCUCGGCGCGUAACGCAUCGGUGCCGGUGCAUCUGCUGCGCGAGGCGGUGGAGUACCACCGCCUGCUGGGCGCCGCCGUGGUGGCGCUGUACGACAGCGGCGGGUGGCUCGCCGUGGAACUCACAGAGCGAUUCCAUGGGGACUUUGAAAGGAGGGUGGUGCGCCGCACGGACUUCACAGGCGUGAAGCAGUUUGACCUCGAGAGGAACGGACAGGUGCUAGCAAUGCACGACUGUGUGCAGCGCCAUGCCUUCACAGCCCGCUGGGUCAUCCCAGCCGCCAUCAACGAGUUCCUCUUCGUCGGCCUGCCGCCCGCCUCCAUCCCCUCCUUCCUCGACCCCUUCGCCUACCCCCCCACCUCCUCCUCCGAAACCGCCCUCUCAGACCCCCUCGUUGAUUCCGCCGUUACCGGGGCCGCCGCUGCGGUAACUGCAUCUGGAGGCUCGGCAGCCGCGGCCGCCGAGGCUGCGGCGUACGUGCGGGCGGUGCCGUGGGUGAGCGUGGGCAGCCAGUGGUGGUCGACGCGGCUGUGCGCGCUGCCGUUCCGCGUGCCCGAGGGCGAGGCGUUCUCGAUGGAGCGCAUGGUGUUCCGCUGGCCGUACCCCGUCUGCCACGACCGCAUCCGCUUCCCCGACCCCCACCUCUGCCCCGGGGAGGCUGGCUUCCGCCGCCUCAUCAUGGAUCCACGCAAGAUUUCAGCGCUGGGACUGCACGAGGCGGAGUCAGCAUCACGAGUGAGGGGGGUGCACGUGAGGAGCACCAAGGCCAACUUCAACCACCUGCAGGACGCUGUCAUGGACCCCACCGCGUGGUGCGAGCACACGCUGCUCAAGAACGAGGUGCCGGAGUUCUAUGUACGAGACGUCUAUCUGCGGGAGGCAGCCCAGUCGGUGCGGGCAGGGCGAGUCUGCGACUUCACCCGAGGCCGAGUCAGUCCCUCUCUGCCCUCCCUCCCUGCUCGCCCUCCCUGCUCUCCCUCCCUGCUCUCCCUCCCUGCUCUCCCUCCCUGCUCUCCCUCCCUGCUCUCCCUCCCUGCUCUCCCUCCCUGCUCUCCCUCCCUGCCCUCCCUCCCUGCUCUCCCUCCCUGCUCUCCCUCCCUGCGCUUGCGUCCCUGGCCCGGAUUAAAAGCGCGCUCAACACCGCACGUGCAGCGCUUCUGUAACUGUCUACUGUUUCUCUUCAAUUGCUGCUUACACUCGUUGCUCAAGCUGAAGCGUUUUGAGGGUGGUAAGGUGGCAGCAUGA